AUGGGUGAUCCCGGCGACGGCUCUUACCCGACUGCAGGGCUCCUCGUGGUUGGGUGUUUCUCCUGUGAGCUCUCGUUUGAGCUCUCGGCGAAGGCUUCUUACAGGCUGGAGGACAAAAAUGAAGAAAGCGAGAGUUCAGAUGACGAUGAUUUUGAGGUUGUGCAUCCAAGGGUUCAAAUCGCGAACCUCAUGGAUGUACGGUGCAAACGAAGAGGAGUGAAGGAAAACUUUCCGAAGAAAAAAAAGGUCAGACAGAUUAUGGCAUCUGUUCCAGGUCUGAGAACACGGACUUCGCCAGCAUCACUGUUCAAGAAAAUUAGCUUGAUGAAUGAAGCUCAAAAACAAGCAGUACGUGACAUGGGAUUUGGGUCCGUAUUGCAGUUAGGUGUCAGAAAAUUACCUGGAAAACUAGCUUUCUGGGUAGUCGAGCAUUUCGACUGCAAGAGCUGUUCAAUUGUGGUGGGUGGUAAUCAAGGUAUAAGGGUUGAUGAAGAUGACGUGUAUAGAGUUUAUGGUUUUCCAAAAGGCAAAAAGGAAAUUGAGAUAUUCAAGAGAAAACAUAGAAGUCCUCUGUAUGAUGAGUGGUUGGCAUUCUUUGAAGAUUCAACUAAGGAUGACAUAAAGAUCACACAUGUGUUGGACGUGAUGAUAGAAAGGGUUGAUGCAGAUAUAUGGUUCAAAAGACAUUUCAUAAUUGCCAUGGCAUGUUGUUUGAUUGAGAGCAUGACCAGUGGGACAGUGCAUCCUUACAUUCUGAAUUGUCUUCAUGAUAUGGACAAACUAAGAGAGUGGAAUUGGGGGGCCUAUGUUCUGGACAGUGCAUGUGAUCAGAGACUUUCAUGGGACAAAAAUAAAAAGAAAGUUUUUGCAGGACCAGCCUUGUUCUUGACGUGCCUUUACGUCGAUCGCAUACAGGUUUUCGGAUCAUCACCAUCAAGGAGAGAAUUUCCUAUCAUUUCAAAUUGGACUACGUCCACUUUGUUGAAAAGGCAAAAGAAAGAAUUGGUUAACAGUUACUUUGGUGGUGGAAGACUUAGAACACCGAUUAAGCUUCCUGAUGAAUAUCAGAUUCAGCAUGAAACGGAUGGGAGGAAUUUGGCAGAUGAACAGCCGAAGAAAUCAAGUACAGAUGGAUAUGGACAACAUAUCAAUCUGGGACUGAGAAUCAUGCAAGAAGCAGUAGCAAUAGCAGUAGAGAACGCAUCUAGGAUUGAGAAUUUUAAAAGAAUGGUGAGCACGGCAACGACUUUGGAUUUGAAUGACCAGACGUUUAAGGAUAACGUCAUAACAGCUUGUAAGAUGUUGGGAAUCGAGAUCAAUAUCAAUGAAUUGAGUAAAGCUCAAGAUGAGACAAACAUUGGGGUGGAUGAAAAUCAAGAUCAGCCACUUGAUUCGAAUGACAUGUCCCUUAAGGAUACCGGUAUGCCAGCUUCUGAUAUCAAUGAAUUGAGUAAAGCUCAAGAUGAGACAAACAUUGGGGUGGAUAAAAAUCAAGAUCAGCCACUUGAUUCGAAUGACAUGUCCCUUAAGGAUACCGGUAUGCCUGCUUCUGAUAUGUUGGGAGUUGAGAUGAAUAUCAAUCCAGUAGAAAAAUCUCAAGAUCCGGCUAACAUAUUUCUGUAUGAUGAUCCAAUAUUCGAAAGCGAAUUAGUUGAUCUUGUGGACAAAGCAUCUGCCGAGUCUGAUACUUCGAAGACAAAGCACUUCGAGUGUGCUUUUGAUAUUCCCACGUUUGAUUUGCACUUCACUUCUCUAGACCCGACAAAGGAACAUGAUAACACAUAUCAACAGAAGGAAUCUUUGGAGGUGGCUGGAAUUGAGCGGAACGAUGGAUACCAGAUAAUGACAGGGAAUAACGUCAAGGAUGUCCAUGCAAAUAAUGUGGAUGUGUCGAAGAUCAAAGAAAAACCUCUAAGGGACAAGGAUACAAGCUCGGCGGAUCUGGGAUUGAAUAAGGAUAGUGAUAUGCAAAAAGCUGUUGAGGUUAAGAAUAACAAAGGCAAUGAGCCUUUAACUUAUAUUAGUGCAUACGGAGUUAGAAUCAGGGGAAAGCCGGCAGCAAGUAUAGGAUCCCCUUUGGCUUUGGGCGAUGUUGGAAAGGGGAAAGAAGCAAGCUCUGGUAAGAACGUGGGAGUGCCGAAAGAUGAUUAG